CCACCACGCUGCCUAUUUCAGCCGUGAAGCAGUAAUUCAUUUCGGUUUGAAGGGCGGAGCAGCCUUUUUACAAUACUGAAAUACCCUAGAACUCGUAUCUCAAGGUAGGUGGCCGCAUUUACGUUGUAGAUGUCUAUGGUUUCCGGUAACCACUUAACGCCAGGUGGGAUGUGAGCUCGUCCAACCAUCUAUUCAAUAAAAUAUAAAUAAAUAAAAAUUGUUUAUAUCCCAUAAAAGUGCGUUUUAAGUGGGUGAUGGAUGUACGAACUUAAAGUACGCGGUUCUUAAAAUCGCGAACUUACCAUUUUUUUGGUCCUACCUAAGCUGAGAGCUUUGAGAGGCUAUUUCAGCGUAACCUCAACUAGUAGGCGAGCUCGCGGGGUUCAAACCUGACGACGUUGCUAACACGAGCCCUAGCAAGAGCCGUGCUUCGCAGAAUCUACCACCGGAUCGGAAACGCGACCCACUGAGAAGAUCCGGCGAGAAACUCAGUGGGUUAUGUCUGAGGGUUAAUUUACUCGUCGAGCCCUUCGUCGCAAGCGACGGGUUCGACGAGAACGAUUGCCGGAAACUUACCAAGCUCGACGUCGAUGACACACGUGAAGCUUACUCUGUAUUGCGAUGACGUCGAUAGAAGAAGCUUUGUGUUAUUUAGGAAUUAUAUCAGAUUACAUUUUAAAAACUAAAAAGAAAAGGCGAAGUCGAAAAGUGUAGGUGAACGGUCGGUUCGUUCUUUGUCGUCUAUUUAGAUAUUUUAAGAAGUCAUUGUAAAAUGAAUGAGCAGUACUGCCACGCGUACGAGCGAUGGAUUACGAGCAAAUUUUCAAACUUGUGGAUCGCCAACGAACUUACUCAGCGGUUUUAAAGUAUGCGUACUUAAGGUGAUACACAAGCGAAAAAGAUCGUCGUCAAACGGAAAAGUUCGCGAACUUACUCGCACGUCUAACAACACUUUACUGGUGGUAGGACCUCUUUACUGGUGGUAGGACCUCUUGUGAGUCCGCACGGGUAGGUACCACCGCCCCGCCUAUUUCUGCCGUGAAGCAGUAAUGCGUUUCGGUUUGAAGGGUGGGGCAGCCGUUGUGACUAUACUGAGACCUUAGAACUAUAUCUCAAGGUGUAUGGCGCAUUUACGUCGUAGAUGUCUAUGGGCUCCAGUAACCACUUUACACCAGGUGGGCUGUGAGCUCAUCCACACAUCUAAGCAAUAAAUAAAACCCACUUGAGAUGAUAUAAACCACAGCACAAACUUCAUCUAGAUUAUUGAUUUCAUAGGUGAUUAAAUUUCAUAUUUCUUGAAGAAGUAAGUAGUAGGUACAAAAAAAACCCGAGAAUUGAAAAUUUGCACGUGCUUUGCUGGAUAUUGUGCUGGACCUGUUAAGCUGAUAGAAGGAAACAUGAAUCAAUUCCAAUACAAAAAUAUAGUGGAAGAAACAAUGCUGAAGAUUAUUUGGUAAAAAACAUCCACAAUGGUUAUUUGAACAUUCCAGAAGUACAAUGAUCUAAAGUAUCUACAUGCGCUUUUAAGGAAGUUUUCACCUCUCAAUCAGUUUCGGUUUGAGAUUGGCCAGCUAAAAUUGCAAAUACAGAGAGACACCCAGGCAUAUAGAGCAUCUUUGGUACAAAGGACAAAAAAAGUCAGUUUCAGGAACAACAAAAUCCUAUAUUUUGCGAAAUGUCAAAAAUUUAUAGUCAUUUCCUCGCCGGUGUAAAACAGUAAUUAAAAGCAGUGAACAUGCUGCGAUCUAUUAAUUUUAAUAUAAAAUGAAGUUGUUUUUUUCUUUACGUACUUCACAUAAGUGUGAUCUUAGAAUUUAAAUUUAUUUAAUUUUCAUACCAAAAACUCUACAGCAGCUUAAUAAAUCGUUUUUAAUCAUUUGUUCAGCUUUAUUACUAUCUGAAUUUGUUACCUACUUUGGGUAGGUAACGAAUAAAACAUGCAAAAAAGUUUGCCAUUUUAUUCUAUGAUCUGGUUUGCGCUAUUGAUGUGGCUAUUUCAAAACAUAGCUGGUCACUUCUAAGAAAUAAAAUUAAAAAUCUGGAACUUGAAUCGUUAUUAAUUAAAAUAAUAAUAAUAUAAUUAUACGAACACAAAUGUACACGUACCUACGACACUGUUGUUUCAGGUAGUACCUAAUUAAGCGCCUGUCUGCCUUGUUUUCUACGAACUGAUUAUACUUAGUGGUAAUAAUUAAUCCUCUAUAGUCGGAUUUUUAAUUAGACGAAGCCAGCUGACAGUAGCUAAUGUCACUUUGUGAAAUAAUGUUGCUAUAUUUAAAGUAAUAGUGAUGCGUUCAGUUCUCGUUCAAUCACAUAAAUGAACAAUGAGUGUGAAGAGUUAAUCAUUAAUUUCAAACUAUAAAAGAAUAUUAUUUAUAUUUUACAAUAAAAUUGUAUUAAAGUGAUCCAAUAUAAUAAUAUGUUACUAGUAGUAUGUAACUACAAUCAGUUUUUUUUAUUUUCAUUACCUAUGUACCUAUAAUUGUUAUAUUUUAUACAUCUAUAGUUUCAACUAUAUGAUGCAUUGGAAAUAGGACAGUCUUACAAGCUUCCUCGCAAUGUUUUUCUUAAUGUUUAAAACAGUCGGUAUUCAGUACAGGUAGAUACCAUAGGAACAUAAUGUUUCGUCGAAAACUCGUUGGUAUGUACAAAGCACGGCUAAAAUUCGAACCCCGUGCCCGAUAUCGGCAGUUCGGCACACUAACUAUUCACUAGACAAUCGAGGCAAUUUCAAUAAUUCAGGAGUUUUUUCAAUCGUUCACAUUGUCACAACACUAUUUUUAUUUCAUCAAAAACUGACAACACAGUAAACGUCAGUUUACUUCGUCUAAUAAAAAAUCCGACUAUAUGUUCAUUUCAUAAAUCAGUAUACGAACGCUAUGCUGUUACACAUUAAUUACAUCCUGUUUACUAGUCUCUUAAAAUAAAUUGUCAUUUUUACUGUAUUAGCCAGUGUCUGACACACUGACAAACAAUUUGAACCAUAUGUCUUAACUAUGAUAUGAACAGUUUGAAACUGUAUGUACCUUUUGCAUAUGCUCUGCUUUAUCAAAAAAAUUAGACCAAUUCAAUGGCACCUAAAAAAUCGAAAGACGUUGCUGAUGAAAACUAUUGGCGUAGAAAUAUUGAGGACGCCAAAUUAGAUGAAGAAAACUGGAAAGUAAAAGUUACUAUCCUUGAAGCUGCUGACAGUGAUAACGCCAGAAACUAUCUUAACAAGUUCGAAAUUUUCGCUACGGAAGAAAAACGAUUUGUAAUAAAGAGCAUAUCCAAGACUGAAACAACAUUUAUGGUCAAUCAACUUGGAGGUGAGAAAAAGAAUAAAGAAGAUGAUAGUUGUCGUGUUUUUGAAGAAGGUCAACUUUACUUAAAAGAAAAGAAAGAGAUGCCGGCUCACGUUCAAGCUCUUAUCAUAAAGCAUCUUAUUUUAAAAAUGAAGGAAGAAUAUCUUCUUAUAAAAAGAAGGAGACUAGAAGUAAAAGAAGGUAUGCGCAGAGAAUCUAUUACGAUGGUUGACCGAAGCGAGAUAAGAGGAAUCGUAUCAGUCAAACCCCAAGAGCUACCUCCAUCACCCCCGCCCGUCAAAAAAGGGAAAAAAAAUGAUGUCGAUGCAUCAUUUUUGUUACCCGAACCGGCUGAAGACAAAAAAUACAAUACACAACUCAGGGUCAGAGGUGAGGAAUGGCGUGACAAAGUAUAUGUUGACGAUUUUCCAACGGAUGGUCCUAAUCUUUAUGUAGCGAUAACAGGUUUUGUUGAACCACUUUUGCCAGGUUGCCUUAUUUCAAUCGGCGUACCUAUUACAGCGAUAGUUCAAAUAAGAAUUAAUCCAAGUCCAACAGCCGAAACUUCAGGACAAUUUAAAGCUGCUAAAAGAGGUCAAAGUCAAACAGAACUACUUAAAGAAAAAUCUUUUAAAUUUUGGGACGAUUUACAAAAUUUACGGGUGCAAAAAGACACUGCGGAUGUUUUUACUGAUACCGCUUUUGUAGUUUUCUCUCCUCCGUAUUGGGAUAACGAAAAAAUGUCCGGAUCCCCUGAUAAAAUAUAUGACGAGGUUUGUUUUCUUCUUUAUGAUAUUCAAGAUUUAACUAGGCAACACGAUCAUUACCUAGAUAGCAUGGAAAUUAUAAAUAUUCCGUCUUAUACAAAUUAUGAGAAGUACAAAAGAGAAUACAAUCAAUUAAUGAAUGAUUAUCCAAUGGAAUGUAUUACUUUAUACACUUUAUUAGAUAACGUCCUUCAAAUUGUGUGUAAUCAUGAAGAAUUAGACAGCAAGAGUAGUAGAUCUUCAUUAUCAACAGCUUUAACUAUAAUUCAAUCGCCAAAUAAAAAUGAGAGCGACAAAUUACAACGAGCAGAAAAUUUAGUGAAAGAUGUAUUCAAAUCUUUAUGUAAAACUGAAGAUACAAAAAAAACGUACCGGACUACACAAGGAUAUGAAUAUGAACAUCAGAAAGAUGCGAUUAUAAUUAACUAUGGCGAUAUUGCUCAGUACAGUACUUUCCAAUUAGGAAAUAUAAAUUUGGACAAUAUCGUUCGAUCAUCUUUACUUGGAAUGCCCAUUAACAGAUUGUGGCAUAAUGUAAAAAUACCCAAUAAUGAAAUGGAAGCCAAAGCUAAUUUUCAUAAAAAUGUUUUGCUGUCAUGCUUUGAGAGAGAUGAUGUAGAGACAUCGGAGUUACAUAGAUUGAUCCAUAUAUUAGCUUUCCGAAAGCUAUACAAUAAUAGAAGUUCUUUAAAAAAAAGUGAUGUAGUUUCAAAAACGAUUUUUGACUUUAAAAAGAAGUAUUUAAAGCGUAGCAUACUCGCGGAACCUUUGUCAAAUUCACCAUCUUUAAAAAACUACAAUUUUUCGGCACAUUCUUUUCCUUCUAUAAACAAAAGUGAAAAUGGAUCUGAGAUGUCCUACAGCGGUGGAUCAGAAUCGAGAAGUAUAAAAUUUGUAUUUGACUGUCCUGAUAUAAGUGAAUUGGUCUCUGAAACUGAAAUCGUUAACGAAAAACCAUCUAGUCAUUUAAUCGAUGAUUUUGAUUAUUUUGAAGACUUCACUGGUAUAAGUGCCUUCCAGAUCAUUCUAGAAGCGUUUAAUACAUUCAAUUGCGUUGAUUAUAAAUAUUGCGAAGUCACAGAUACAUUUGUACUUAUGUUUUUCAAUAGUCAUAACAAAGAUGGUAUAGCGUGUGAAGAAUGGAGAAGCCAUAUACCAACACCAUUAUGCUUGCAAGACUUCUUUGAUUAUACUCUAGAAGAACACUACGAGUGGAUACAAAAAGAAGAAAAAGCAUAUGAUGAACAUGUUAUAUUUAAAGUUCAAUCACAGUUCACUGAUCUGAAUCAAUAUGAUCCAAAUUCAUGCUUAGAUAAUGUAAUUGGCGAUGAACUACUGAUUGAAGGUUCUCUUAAACAUCGAGAAAUUAAACAGAAUGAAGUAAUCAGUCCAGAGAUAACAGAAGUGAAAACCAAUUCUAAAAAAACGAUAACAUCGCCAACAACUGAUACUGAUUCCAAAACCACUAAAAAAACAAAAUCCUCGACACCUAACACGCCAAAAAAGGUAAGAAGAUCAUUUAUAUUACCAGGAAACGAUUCUGAGAUUGUCAUUAUAAAAAAACCUUUUUUGGGAUAUGACUUAGGAAAUAGACGGGUCGAAGUAUUCGGGAGGGAUGCUUCAUUCUUUUCAAAGGAUGGGACGAAAUUGAAAAGUACAUACACAUUGUUUCUACCCACAAAUUUAGAAUAUUUGACACUAAGUGUUACACCAGGAAACAGAGAAAAUGUCUUCUGGUUUCAUAGAGCACUGAGUGAGAUGGUUUCAAAUGAUAUAUCGGAUGUGUGCAAUUCAUUCAGAAUUUCAACCAAAGAUCAAGUGAUGAUAAAUAUAAAAUGUCAAUCACAACCAGGAGCAAUACCUAUUGCAAUGUUUGGUUGCAAUGAAGAGUCGAACUAUAAGGAAGAUAAUUUAAAAACGAACAUUCCAAUAAGCUCUAGCACUCCUGUAGAACAAAUGCUACUUUGCUUUUCCCUAUAUGUUACUUGGCCUAAUGGACUUGUUACAGAAACAGUGCACGAAAAAGAUUCCUCAAAAAUAUCUUAUAUUAAGCAAUACUAUGUUUGCUCUCUGAAUACUGACGAAAGAUUGCGCUGCGUAAACGUAAACGGUGAAGUUAUCAUAUUUAAAAAAUCUGGUCAAGUCGAAACGUUACGCCCUGAUGGUUCUAUUAUAAAAAUAAUAAAUUGUCAAAAAAGAAGUUAUAUCCAUUUACCAGACGAUUCCAUAAGUGAAAAUAGUUCUGAAAAAAGUAAAAAGGGUAAAGGAAAAGAUAAAAGUAAAGACGCCAAAGAUAAAUCCAACAAAACCUCAGCAAAAUCUUCUAAAAAUUUGAUAUUAGAAGACGAGAACAUUACAAACCCACAACAAAUGGAACCAGAGUUAGUUAUAGAAGAGUUUGAUACGAUUGAUACAAAUGGACUUCACGAAAAAUAUAUUAAAGGCAAUGUUUACAAAAUGAAAAAUAUACUUAUCCGAACAGCUACUGAUUUUUGUCUAGGUGAGAUUUUUUCUAGACGAACUGAUGGAACUAACAUAUUGCUGAACAAAGAUGGAGUACAAGUCGUAAGUUUUCCUGAUGGCACCAGAAUAAUCACAAAAUACGUUGAGGAAGCGGAAGAAAUUUAUCCUGAAUGGUCCGAAGAAGAAAUUAUCUAUUAUGGAUUAUUUAAUUCCAAUAAUAUUGAUUCAGAAUCAACGAAAUCUAAGGUAUCCGCGUCUCAAAAAAGCGGCAGAAGCUCUUACCUUGAAACUAACAACACAGUUGAUACUCUAAAUAUCUCUUACAUUAAAAACAAUGAGGAAAUAGAAACGGACAUAGAAAGAAAUGAUGGAUACGUUUCCGUUAAAAACAUAUAUACAAUUGAACAUAAAAAUUUCACCACCAUCACUGUUAAUACCUUAAAUGAAACGGUCUCUGUUGAAUCACCAAAUAAAACUAAAAUUACUCUUGACAAAUAUAAUCAUUUUGAAUUUGAUCUAGACUCUGUGACUAAAGCUAGUUUUAAUGGGGACACAGUCAACAUAGAUUAUACUGCUUGUGUCGAUUGCGAAUCGAAAACUAAAUGUGAAAUUGAAAUUAGAGCCGAAAAAGAGAAAAUCGAUCCAAAAUCCCUACAAAAUUGGUUAAAAAUGAGGGAUUCUUUUAAUAAAAAAAUUGUUGUUAAUGAAGAAGGUGCUAUCAAUAUAGAAGACCAUCAUUGUUCUUCAGAAAAUAUCAAUUCUGGUAUUUCUAAAAAUGAUAUCGGAGCGGAUGUUGUAAGCGACUAUAACUUAGAAGGAGUUGAAGAUGAAAAGUUUGAGGGCCCUAGUUUAUCUCACGGAAAGUGCAGGGAUGUUUAUUUAGCAAAGACACUGCGUUUCUUUGUUUUAAAAAGAACGUUAACCUGUUCGGAAUUGGUGCAUCGGGAUUUGUUGGAGCAAUACAAAGAAGCUUGUCGUUGGCAGCCAUGGUGCUCAAUCAACACAUACGACGUAUUUGGAGAUCGGCGAACUCUACUCUCAAUACUCACUCCAGUGCACCUCACAGAAUCUGAGAAAUGGCUCAUGGAUUCUACGUUAGCGGACAAACCUAAGUAUCUCACGUACAAAGAUUUAAAGAAAGACAGCGGUAAAGGUUUCUACCACUGGAUGCGACCUUACAAUCGUUUUACUCCGAGACCGGCCAAACCUGAGAAUGUUCUGCCACCCAGAUUACCUAGAGCCUAUAUCUUGAGGACAUUAGAACAACAAUGGUCCGAUAAGGAACGUGAAACACUAAAAGGUGCUAAGGAGCUUUUGUUUGCUGUCCUUCGAUAUCGACAAGUGUUGGAAGAUGACAGGCAAAGACUACUUGAUAUGUCCGUCCUCGAUCAGAGAGCUGAGGACGAACGCCACAUUGACGACAUCAUACAAGCUCUUGGAUACAGAAUUUAUGAAGAUCUUAAGACACGUUUGAGGGAAGAUGUGCUCAGUCGAGCGGAAGCGACGAUAACUACGGAGCCACGUCCAAAACCAGCGCCUGAAGACCUGUCUGCCGAGGGCGAGGCCGCGGAAGGCGAAGAACGUACCAGUACUACCAGUGAUCUGCUACUGUUCCAAGAAAACCGUAAACAUUUAUUGCAAGAAUCGGAGGCUGCUGUAGGGACAAGUGAAAAUUUGAAGAGGUACUGGCGUCGUCGUAAUGAAGAAUAUAAAGAGGAACAAUUUUAUAGGUAUUUACUCAGAGAAGACAAUGUACCUCCAUACUUUCGAAACGUUCUCGGCGGUGCUAUAUGGUGGGAAAUGAAUAACACCGCUGGCGAGGCUGUCACAGAGGCCGAAAGGGCCAAGAUGAACUGUGGAUGCCGAGCACAGAGCUCGCGUAAUGAUGAUAAACAAUUUAUUUAAUAAAAUUAACAUUAAUUUCCCUUUAUUACUAGUAUAAUAAAAAUAUCGUUAAUAUGG